GGAUACUUAUAUUUACAUGAUCACCGUCAAGGAAUCGAUUUUUCUUCCUUAUUUCCUCGAAAUUAACAAAUCAACGAUGUGACAUUACGUUUAAGUUAUGGCAACUAGAAGAAGAAAUGCUUCUUCAUCAGAUAAAUCAAAAACAAUAGUGUGGGGAUCUUUAACAAGCGUUCUAUGGAGUGUGUUUAGACAAAACAGUGAUGAUGAGCAUCAUCUUCACUUCAGUAAACUCAGGGCAGCAUGCAAUGCUUUAGAUCUCUUUCCAUCUACUUCUCAAGUUCAUGAGAUGUUGAUGUGUGCCAUAGAAUAUGGAAGUCCAUGCAAACCUGACCAUAUUACAUUUGGGGAAUUCUGCGUACUUGUUUCGGAAUUGCGGAGUUACUACAAUAUUAAUCCAAAAGCACCAGUACCUCACAGUUUGAUAAAAGUUAGAAGUGAGUUAAGUCUUCAUAAAAAGAAGAGAAGAGAUAAGAUACAUCUGUUUAAACUUUUGCCCAAGAUUCAUGAAAUGUCAAUCAGAAUUGUUUUUCUGGGCGGCUCCUGCAACCCUACAAGAUGGAGAUCUGAAAUUGCUAUACCAUAUUUCAAGGAUCAUGGAAUUACCUUUUACAAUCCUCAGGUGCAGCACUGGAAACCAGAACUCAUGGAGUUAGAGGCUCAAGCUAAACAGACAGCAGAUGUUCUUUUCUUUGUGAUAGACAGUAAAACAAGAGCUAUAUCUUCCAUGAUAGAGGUGGCCUAUCUAGUUGCUACACAGAGGCAGGUAGUUGUCAUCAUGUGUGAAUACAAAGACACUAAUAUUGUGAUAGAUGGUGAAAAAUUGUCUGACAGUGAAAUGUUAGACUUGGUCAAGGGCAGAUUAAUCCUUACAGAUCUGGUGGAGAGAAACUCCGUACCAAUAUUUGCCGAUAUUCAUAAAGCAUUGAAAUGCACACAGAAAAUACUGUCUAAUAGAAUGCAAGUUCAAAAUCUCAAGCUGACAGAUGGAGCUCAGCCUGUUAGACACGGUCAUCUAAAACUGGGCAGGGCUUUGUUGGAGUUGAGGGAAGCAUUUAAUUCAGUUGAUAGCAGUGAUCUCGGGUACCUCACUAGUAAAGAUGUGUGUUUAGCUUAUAAAAGUUGCACCGGUGAAGAUCUUGAUACUAAAUGGUUGAAACAACGAAGAAAAGUGCAGGAUGAAUUUGUGUAUGAGGAAUUUUGUGCAAUAGUAACUGAACAUAGACAGCAGGCAGAAACUCCAGGCUAUUUUCAAAGAUUUUUUACACAUAUCCUACAACCAUUUAGAUGGCUUGUAUCCAAGUUUAGCCCACCAGAGGCACAAGUCGAGGAAUACGAAGAUGAAGAAAUCCGGGAUGUUUACCUAGGUGGCAGUUCAGGAGAAAUUCAAUGGAGGAACAAUAUUGUUAUACCGUCUCUCAGGAAACAUGGUUUAUCAUUUGUGGACCCUGCUGUACACGACUGGGACCAAAAACUUAUUCCAAUUCAUGUUGCUUUGAGAGAAAAUUGUCGUCUUUUGUUUUAUGUGAUAUCAAGUGAUAGAAGAUCUCUAGGCUCAAUGUGUGAAGCAGGUUAUUAUAUUGGUAAAGGAUGCAGGAUGGUGUUGUGUAUUCAAAAUAUUCCAAAAGAAGCUGUGAUAGAUUCAGAUAAGUUGUCAGAGCAGUCAAUUAAGGACUACAACCGCGGACGGGAAUACUUGUCUGAUCUUGCUAAUAGGGAGGGUGUUCCCUUGUUUGAGAACAUAGAAGAAGCCUCAAGUAGUGUGAUAGCCAUUCUAACAGAACAACCCUCCCCUUGUUCAUGAUUUCCAGAUAGAUGGGAUGUUAUAUCCAUUCUAACAGAACAACCCUCCCCUUGUUCAUGAUUUCCAGAUAGAUUGUAUUAUGUCACUUCUCACAGAACAGCCCUCCCCUUGUUCAUGAUUUCCAGAUAGAUGGGAUGUUAUAUCCCUUCUUACAGAAUAGUCCUCACUUUGUUCAUGAUCUCUAGAUCGGCUUGUAAGGUCGUAUUGAAAUCUAUAUGAAGACGUGGAGAAUUUUGAAAUUUUCUGAAUAUUUAUAAGGGUAUGUUUAUGUAAUACCUGGCUUCUUAUUUUAUAAUAUAAUAUGUCUAUUCAUUGAUAACAUAUUUAAUCACCAUAUCACUUUAGUGCAGUAAUUAGGGCAAAUCCAUAUGCCUUGACACCCCACCCUUAAU